GGAAAUGACGUACUGUGCGCUUUCUCAUCGCUCCGCCCUCGCGCGCCAUUUUCUCGUCGCACAUCUCUCAAACCAAAACAUUUGGUAUUUAAACGUUUUACUUCUUGUUUUUUGUUUGCUUAUUUUGUAUAUUCCGGAAAAAGUUGCUUGGUAGGUAGAUGACCUGAAAAUGAGUGACGCCGACGAGGGAGGUAACGAAAGACGGGGGUCUCGGUUCUCAUCUAAAUCUGAACACGGAAGUCCAACUCAGGCCAAGUCGGAGAGCAGCUCAGGCUCCACGAGUCCAUCCCGAGAAUCCAAGCAUUCAGAAUCCAGAUCCCGCUCUCGAUCAAAAUCAGGCUCUAGUUCGAGGCACGUUUCUGUCCGACAUGCUAGCCGUUCACCCUCUCCAUCUCAUCCCUGCCGACGGAGAUCUCGAUCUCAUUCCAACAGCCCCGACUCCCGCCGCAGGAAGAGCCGGAGCACUUCGCCCAUGUCAAACCGCAGCCCCAAGGCUCGGCUCAGGAGCCAUGAAGCCAAAGAAGCGAACAGCCACGGCGGGCUAGUCGAUAGGGCAAACCCCGAUCCCAGCAAAUGUUUGGGGGUAUUUGGCCUAAGCUUGGAGACCACAGCGCGAGACCUGAGGCACGUGUUUUCACAGUACGGUCGUCUGACUGGUGUCAACGUGGUGUUCCACCAGCGCUCGGGCCGCUCGCGAGGAUAUGCCUUCGUUUACUUUGAGAGACUGGAAGAUUCAAAGGAGGCAAUGGAGAGAGCCAACGGUAUGGAGAUCGACGGGAGGGUAAUCAGAGUAGAUUACUCCAUUACCAAGCGUGCCCACACCCCCACACCUGGAAUUUACAUGGGUAAACAAUCUAUAGAGGAUGACGAUGACGACGACGAUGGCGGCGGUGGAGGUUACCAUUGGGGAAGGAGUUCUUAUCGUGUUCGAGGCUAUGAACGAUGCUACGAGCGAAGCUACGACCGAGCCUACGACCGAGGCUAUGACCGAGGUUACGACCGUGGUUACGACCGGAGCUACGACCGGAGCUACGACAGGGGCUACGACCGAGCCUACAAUCGGGGCUACGGCCGAUACGACAGCUACGAAGAGUACGACUACAGAUACGACGGCAGGCGCAGGCGCUCCCCAUCACCGGACUACGGGAGAUACAGAAAUUCCUCUUGGUCUCGCUCCUACAACCAAAGGCGCUUCUGAGGUGCUGCAGCUGAUAUGAACUUAGCAUGUCGAAAUUCACAGCACGCUUUGAGUUCAAGGUAGUUGUGUUUACAUGCAGAGGGUGGUUUUAAUUUGCGAAUCUCUCAACUUCCACGAUGCGAGAGCAAUGGACUCAAAACUUUUUUUUUUUUAUUGUUGCCAUUCACCCCUUUUUUUUUUUUUUUCUAAUCUUCACUGUUACACAGUGGGAAUUGAAUCUUCUGGUAAGUACCAUGUAGAGUUAGCGUAAAUCUCUGCUGACACUGCUUAAGGUCAUCAUUUGAGUUUUAUGAUCAAACUGCCUUUUUGUUGUUUUUUUUUGGGGGGGGGUGCUAUAUAUGGAAAUACAACUAUGAACUCUGAAAAGUUUCUCAUUUUUCUGGCUCGAAUGUGUAUUCGAAUUGAAGUUGGGCUUCACUUUUAUGGGUGAGAGUGAAGAUGUGUGGGUGAGGUGGGAAA